CGAACAGUAGCUUUUUGCCAUGAAAAAAAAACAUGAUGAGCCUUCUACGAUGGGUCAGAUCCUAUGGAAUCGGAGAUGUUUUCACAGCACUGAAUUUUUAUUUAUAAGCUUCUUAAUCUAUAUAUAUAUUAUAUAUUUGUGGGGGUAAUGCAAACUAACAAUAACCUGCUCAUUUGUUUUCCUAGAGGUGAUUCUAGGCUCUAAUACUGCGUGUCUGAGGCUGUGUUAAUACUUGAAGACUCUGCUGCCUUCUUUUCCUCUGUACGAGGGCUGGUGGGGGCGAGCAUGCUUAGAUACUUAGAUACCAUGAGAAGGGUCUCUGCAUGAGGUCAUAGCACAGAUGGCAUAAUGACACAUCUCAGGUGAAGAAUGUUGCUGAAGAUAAUAGAAAUUUGGGAGAUUAUAUAUAUGGUGUUGACUGUAUAUAUAUUUGAAAAGAUAUACCUUCCAUGCUUGGUAACCUUGUUUUGUCUGGUAAAUGUGUCUUUUAAAACUAUGGUGCUAAAUUCAGACAUGACAAAAUCACAUAUAAUCACUGUUUCAGUAUACUUUUCAGAUGUACUUCUGUGGAGGUAUCUUGUUUGUUUUAAGUAACAAAAGCCUCAACUUUACAAUAAAAUACUGUUUACUGAGUGCCAACCCCCAGUCAAAGUAGUGAGACUGAAGUUUAUUUUUGAUCAUGCAUUGAAUUGAAGUGUAAAUGUAUUAUCCUCUAAUCUUUAUGUUUUGAAUGAUAUAUAUUUAUAUAUACCAUGUGUGUGUGUGUGUGUGUGUGUGUGUGUGUGUGUAUGUAUGUAUGUAUGUAUGUAUGUAUGUAUAUGUUUUUUGAAAGUAUGAAGGUUGUUACCACCAUGAGUAAAAUUCAUUUAGUGAAUCUCAAAUGUUACAAAUGAACACAGAUAAACCUUUUUUUUUUCUUUCACUGGCGGCCAAAAGUAUUUUUAUUAACUAAAGUGUCAUUCAACUGAUCACAAUGUAUAGUCAGGACAUUAAUAACGUGAAAAAUUACUUACAAUUUGAAAAAAAAAUUAAUAAUUCAGAACUGCUUAAACUACUUCAAAGAGUUUUCAUCAAAAAAUCCUCCACGUGCAGCAAUGACAGCUUUGCAGAUCCUUGGCAUUCUAGCUGUCAGUUUGUCCAGGUACUCAGGUGACAUUUCACCCCACACUUCCUGUAGCACUUGCCAUAGAUGUGGCUGUCUUGUCAGGCAAUUCUCACACACCUUACAGUCUAGCUGAUCCCACAAAAGCUCAAUGGGGUUGAGAUCCAUAACACUCUUUUCCAAUUAUCUGUUGUCCAAUGUCUUGUGUUUUUUUACCCACUCUAACCUUUUCUUUUUGCUUUUCUGUUUCAAAAGUGGCUUUUUCUUUGCAAUUCUUCCCAUAAAGCCUGAACCCCUGAGUCUUCUCUUUACUGUUGUACAUGAAACUGGUGUUGAGCGGGUAGAAUUCAAUGAAGCUGUCAGCUGAGGACAUGUGAGGCGUCUAUUUCUCAAACUAGAGACUCUGAUGUACAUAUCUUCUUAUUUAGUUGUACAUCUGGCCUGCCACAUCUCUUUCUGUCCUUGUUAGAGCCAGUUGUCCUUUGUCUUUGAAGACUAUAGUGUACACCUUUGUAUGAAAUCUUCAGUUUUUUGGCAAUUUCAAGCAUUGUAUAGCCUUCAUUCCUCAAAACAAUGAUUAACUGACGAGUUUCUAGAGAAAGCUGUUUCUUUUUUGCCAUUUUUGACCUAAUAUUGACCUUAAGACAUGCCAGUUUAUUGCAUACUGUGGCAACUCAAAAACAAACACAAAGACAAUGUUAAGCUUCAUUUGACGAACCAAAUAGCUUUCAGCAGUGUUUGAUAUAAUGGCAAAUGAUUUUAUUGUACCAAAGUAGCGAUUUAGCAUGAUUACUCAAGGAUAAGGUGUUGGAGUGAUGGCUGCUGGAAAUAGGGUCUGUCUAAAUUUAAUCAAAAAUGACUUUUUUCAAAUAGUGAUGGUGCUGUUUUUUUACAUCAGUAAUGUCCUGACUAUACUUUCUGAUCAGUUGAAUGCCACUUUGGUGAAUUAAAGUACCAAUUUCCUUCCGAAACAGCUAAAUCUGUACAUUAUUCCAAACUUUUGGCAGGCAGUAUAUGUUUGCAAUUUUACGUACAAUAAACGUUCAGUUUGUGUCUGAGCUCAUGGUGGGGUCAAUUUCGAAUGACUUAUGAAAAAUUGGGGGCUAGCAAUAAUUCAACAAAAAAAAUUUCAAUGUUUUUUUCUUUUCUUUAUUCAAUAAUACAAAAUCAAAUUUUUGUUCAUGCGCAGAGUCCAUUAACUCUUAUGGGGGGUUCGGACACUCACACCUAAAUUCAAACACUGUUUUAUUUGUAAAUGUUGACUAUUUUUAUUGGCUCUCUCUUAUGUAAUUCUUACUUUUUAUCUGUUUUUGCAUGAAUGAUUUGUAUGAAAGUUUUUUUAGGAGUCUUUUGUUGUUACAUUUAAAAAAAAUGAAAACUUAUUCAGUAUCAGUGUACAUGUAGCACAUGCCACAUCUACAGUUUGAAGGCAUAGUUCACUCAAAAAUGAAAAUUCGGUAAUCAUUUAUUCAUCCUAAUGUUGUUUCAAACCUGCUGUUUGACUAUAUGUUAAUGUCGGUCACCAUUCACUUUCCAGUGUGAUCACAUACUUUAGGAAGUUGGCAUGUUGUUUCCAAGAGUUCCGGUACCUUAGGAUCGGCCACAUAUGCCCACUCACUGACAGGCGCCAUCUCCUACAAGACAUUUUUUGCAUUGGCUUCAGUGUGUUUAGCUACCCCUGUUGGGCGACCGGAAGCACAUUGCAUCAGCAGUGUUGAACACCCGGGUUAGGAUCCCACAUUGAAACCAGGAAGUAAUCGCGUUUGCAUAAUCAGUGUCUCUGAGGUUGCAUUUUUCCCUCUAACAUUACACAUUUACUCCGCAGAUAUUUAGGAUUGGGUUGUGGAGUACAUUUUUGUAAAAUAUGCAUUUCUCCUCUACAGCCUGCACAGCUGAAAACAACUUACUUCACAAAUCACUUUUGGCGCCUCUCUGUGGACAUUAAACCCGGAAAAUGGAGCUCACAUGCAGGAGGUUUACUUUUGAAAUGUAUUCCACUACAGAUUACAGAAUACAUGCUGUAAAAUGUUAUUUGUAACGUAUUUCGUUAGAUUACUCAAGGUCAGUAAUGUAUUCUAAAUACUUUGGAUUACUUCUUCAGCACUGGUAGAUUUUUUCACUUGUUUUGACUAUAAAAACUCUGCCAGUACAGUUAGACAAAAUACACAUGUUAAAAAUACAUUCUCUGAAAAACCGAAAUAUCUUAUGCAGUGUUGUUUCUAAAACAAGAUAAAUCUAAUUGAUUGGUUUAUUUCUAUUUCUUGUGCUCCAAACUUCAAACGUACUUCUCUGUCUGCUUGUAUGAAUGUAACACUUCAUAAGAAAGUGUUUCACCGCUGUUCAAAUGCACUUUGGAUCUCAUAAUUUAUAUGUAUAAAUGUUUUCCAUCUGAAAGGACUAAAUAUUAAAUGAAACAAAUGAGAAUAUAAUGCAAAGUAAUCUCUUCAGUAAUUAAAAUACUUUUUGAAUGUAACUGUAUUUUAAUUACCAAUGAUUUAAAUUGUAACUGUAGUGGAAUACAGUUACUUAUAUUUUGUAUUUUAAAUACGUAAUCCCGUUACAUGUAUUCCAUUACUCCCCAACCCUGUACAUAUGUGCCAAUACGGCCAACAACACUGACCGCUUUGGUCACUGGGGACAGUAUUUGCAGUGUCUCCUGUUGUACUUCACAGAUGAAAGUUAUUCAGGUUUGGAACAACAUCAUGGUGAGUAAAUGAUGCCAGGAUUUUCAAUUUUGGGUGAACUAUCCCUUUCACAUUCAGGUUCAUUAGCUCAAUCAGAGGGUUGCAGGAAGCGACUCUCUCUUGCUACUCGCAUCGUGUGAUGAUAAUGAGCAGAAGUGAAACAGAGAAGUGAAGUUGAGUACAGAGGAGGCACAAUGGAAGGUCUACAAUGAAGUGAUGUGUGGAACACACACCCUUGUAUUAUUGUGAAAUCAAUAUCCCCUCUUUCAUACGUUACUUGGAGCUCUUCUGAGCAUGCUCGCCCACAUGGGCCAUGUAUUUUUUUUCUUCAACUUUUUAUAUGAUUACGGCUUGUUUGUUAACUUUCUUUAGAAAGCAUUACUGCUUAAAUUAAAGUUGCUUUAUUUGUAUUUAUUGUUUUGAUCCUGUUGUUUGUCAUCACUGAUUACUGGCCUGAUAUGGCUUUUAAUGCACGAUCACACAAGCUGGCAGUUUUUCUUUUGCUCUUUUGUAAUGUGUGAUAUGGCUACUGCACCCCCUCUAUCUGUUUUUUCUUUUAUGUUUGAAUUUUGAUAUCGGCCUUUCAAGGUUGCAGAGGAUUUCAGUUCCGGGGGAUCCACGUGACGUUGUUAGGCCGGUUUUGGGCAGACUGGAACAACUAACUUUUUUUUUUUUUUUUUUUUUAAGGACGGGGUUACUAAACGUUUUAUGUUAAUUCAACCCUGGUGGCUGUAGGAGUUUUCUUGAAAGAUGAGUAAAAAAAUUCUGUAAAUCCAUGACUCUCUCUGAUGUCAUUUAUUAGGGUUUAUGUUCUUCAAUGUUAUCACUGAUGUUGCAUGAGAUGGAACCUGCACACAAACCUACUAUGAAAUCAAUAGUAGCAUGAUGCAGAAAUAUAACACAAUUAUGUAAGCAAUCACUUUCAUUCACAGGCUCUGUCUGCAAGCUGGUUAAAUGAAAUGUCAACCAAGUACAAUUGGUUGAAUAGGUCUUUAUAUGCGACCUGAUUCACUGUGUAAUGUAUACUAUAUGGGAUCACAAUAGCUGCAUUGUCUCCGUCUCUGCUAAGAUUGAACUCUGUAUUGCAAGACUAAACUGCAUUGUUACUUUAUUGUAACAUGUCACACCUUCAGUCACACCUUGCCUGUUUCUCUAUCAAGAAAUCUCUGGAUGUAAUGAGCUGAUAGGUCUACGCAGUUUGAAAAAUGUGUAGUCUGGACUAAAACCAAUGACAAUCAUUCUGCAUGAUGAUGAUGCUAAAAUAUGAUAAAAUCUACAGAUGUUCUUUUAUGCAUGGGUAUGUAUGCAUUUAUACCUGUGCAUGCUUGUGCUAUGUAUUGCAACUGCAAGAAUGAAUACAAUACCAAAUGUAGUUUUAAACUUUAUCCCAAACAUUAAAGAAUCCAAUGACAAGAUUAUAUUAGCAUAACAUGGCUUUGAGAUUCAUCAGUUCAGCAAAAACUGUACAGACAUGUAAAUUUGUCAAAUCACAGUUCCUCGGGCCUCCAUGUCAAUAUUUCAACAAAUGGCAAUACUGGCACUACACUGGAGGUAAUGUAAGUACCAAAUUGGAAAGAAAACAAAGUAUAUAUGGGCAGUAAGACUUACACCACAAAACAAGCCAUGCAUUCAUGUGUGCAUUCAAUGUUAUUUGUGAAUUAUAAACAUGAGAUGACCUCAGUGUAAAUUCUUCAUAUCUAUCUGUACAAUACAUUUGAUUGGUACACUGUUAAACAUAUGUUUAAUCCCAAAAUAAUCUAAUCUCAAGAGCCCACUAUUAUAAUUCUGCUUUUACAACAUUCUUUUGUUGUAAGAACAUCUUUUGAACAUUGCUUCUUUGUAAAAAUCUGACAUGAUCCUGUUGAAAGCACUGGUGAUCUUUAAAAGAAUAUUUCGAGUUCAAAACAAGUUUUUAUUUAGUGUUUUAUAUGUUGGCAAAAGUAUAACAAUGGCAAGUGAUUUUUCUGAUUUCAUGCAAUUUUGUGUUCAGUUAUAAUAGUAAUAGGUCAUGCCUUUAUAUUUACUUUUUUUUUUUAAAUAUACAGUAUAUUCUAAAUAUUAGGAUGGAUUACCUUAUGUACAGUAUCUUUUUUGUUUUUACCAUAAUUAAAUUUAAUCAUUGCAUAUCAUAAGGGUGGUGUAUAUCAAGUGUGUUCUUGAAAGAUAAUACUUGUGUGAAGAGUCAGCAAUUAUCCUUGAUAUGUGAGAUGGGUGGAGUGCUGGAGGUGAAAAAACUUGUGAAAGUGGGUCAGAGUUGAUAAAAGAAUAAAGAUGGUGAUACGGGAGGACUCGGAGGAGCCCACCUGCUUAAAAGAGACCAUUUCAAUAGAGAACACCGAUAAUGUCAACCACAGACGGCCAGACACUUAAUCUGCUCCUGCAUUUACUGAUGGUCAAAUCUAAGGCAAUACUAUCGAAAAGGGAGAAGAAUGAUCACCAAGAUAUUUGCAACCUGGGUUGUUCUUGCUGCAAGUACAUAUUUGCCAGUCUCCACUCAAAAGUGUACAACCCAAUGGUUUGACCGUGACAACCCUGGUGGAAAGGGAGACUAUGAGCUCUUGGCUGACCUCCUCAGUAUUUACCCUGGGCUCAUAUGUCCUAAUCCAAUCGGAAUAGAGGCUCAGACCAUCUCUGGCCUACCAGCUUCUCAAACAGGAAACACGUUUCAAGUGUAUAAUGCCAUCUAUGGGUUUGCAUGUGUAAAUGCAGACCAAGGAAGAGGAGGGCAGUGUGCUGACUAUAGAGUGCGCUUUACCUGCCCAGAGGAGUUCUGUUCAAGUUGUAGGACACCCUGGUAUGACCGAGAUAACCCUGGAGGCAAAGGAGACUAUGAGACCCUGGCAGACAUACAUAUAACAUACCCAUUACAAGUUUGUUCUCAGCCUAUUGCUAUUGAAGUCACAACCAUAAGUGGGACCCCACCACUACAAACCGGAAACACUUUUCAAGUGUAUGACCCGUUACAGGGAUUUGCCUGUGUGAAUUCGCAGCAGAGUGGAGGGGGUUGUCAGGACUACAGAGUCCGCUUUACAUGUCCGAAGAGUUUUUGCCUUCCAAAGUGUGUAACUCAAUGGUUUGACCACGACAACCCUGGUGGAAAUGGAGAUUAUGAGCUUUUGACUGACCUUCUCAAUAUGUACCCUGGGUAUAUAUGUCCGGAUCCAUUAGGAAUAGAGGCUCAGACCAUCUCUGGCCAAACAGCUUCUCAAACGGGAAACAUCUUUCAAGUGUAUAAUCCUACCUCUGGAUUUGCAUGUGCCAACGCAGACCAAGGAGGAGUGCUGUGUGCUGAUUAUAGAGUGCGCUUUAGCUGCCCAGAAAAAUUUUGUUCAAGUUGUAGGACAUCUUGGAUUGACCGAGAUAACCCAGGAGGUCUGGGAGAUUAUGAGACUUUGGUGGAUAUUCAGACAACUUACCCACAACAGGUCUGCUCUCAGCCCAUUGCCAUUGAGGUCUCAACAAUUAGUGGAACCCCGGCACUGCAGACUGGAAACGUUUUUCAAGUGUAUAACCCGACACAAGGCUUUGCCUGUGUGAAUGCGCAGCAGAGCGGAGGGUUCUGUCAGGACUACAAGGUCCGCUUCACAUGUCCAAAGAGUUUCUGCAAGACUUUCUCCAUUUCCCAAUUCCCCAGCCUCGAAAGGGAGAAUGCAACAAUUUCCCAAAACAUGACUGAAAAUGUUAACUUGACAUUGGAUUUUUAAUGCUCUUGAUAUAAAUUUAGACAGCGAUUUUAGAUGGAAUGAAACAUAAAUUUUACAAAUAAACAUUUGUUUGCAGUGCUUUGUGUUUCCUAACCUCGAUUCAUUGUUGUGUUGUGACAUGCUGAACAAGACAUAUUUGUGAGAACAUUGGAGGGAACUCAAAAUUUCAAUUCUGGACUCUAUUCUAAGACA